CCCUUCGCCAUGGCUGAUAUCGACAAAAAGACCGACGGCCCCGAGCCUUAUUCCGACGCUGGCUACGACUUCACACUGCUGCCUGACUUCGAUAACGACUUCGUGCAGGACGAGCACUUUAUCGAAUUCGCAAAAGCCCUCGCCGCGCCCGAGAACUCUCCAUCGACCGAGGAUCUGACGUCGCCACCGCCCGAACGAGCCUUCAUCUCGGCGCAGAACGACUGGCGACCUGUCCACCAGCGCGUCAAGCGGCGCAAGAAGAGCAAGGCCCCUCCGCGACGUGGCAAAGACGAGACCCGCGAGGGCUUUGUCUAUGUCCUGCUCAAGUGGCCGCUGCUCAUUGUCGUGCUCGGCUGGCUGCUCUUCUUGAGCAUUGCCUACGUCUUCACGCGCUUGUACAUCUAUCUAUACGAGCAUUGGGUCACAUGGCGCGGAACGCGACAAAGGCUACGGCAGCGCCUGCAGGCAGCGAGGUCUUACGAAGAAUGGAUCCAUGCCGCAAGAGAGAUUGACACAUACCUUGGCAACGAUGCGUGGAAAGAGAAGGCAGAGUACGCUUACUAUGACAGCAAGACAAUCGCAAGAGUGCAUCAACAGAUGGUCAAACUGCGACAAAAGGCAGAAGCAGAGGAACAGGGUGCUUCGGGUUCAAAGGAUGCCAAUGGCGCGCAUACGGCGGUUGAAGAUCUGCGCGCGCUGGUGGAAGCUUCAAUGAAGAACAAUUUCGUCGGUUUCGAGAACCCUCGAUUAUACAGCGAAACAUACUACGGAACCAAAGACCUUGUCCAAAAGUUUGUCGACGAAGCCGAGACCUCACUCUCUUUCCUCCUGCGAACCACACAGCUUAAUGCUGACAACAAGCGUGCGCUCUUCAAACAUUUGGGCAGUAACUUUGGGCGAACUGCGCUAUGUCUAUCGGGCGGUGCCACAUUUGCAUACUACCAUUUCGGUGUGGCCAAGGCUUUGAUGGACGCUGAGCUACUGCCUGAAGUCAUCACAGGCACAUCGGGCGGUGCGCUUGUUGCUGCAUUGCUGUGUACAAGGACCGAUGAAGAGCUCAAGAAACUACUUGUACCAGCACUUGCUAACCGAAUCACGGCAUGUCACGAAGGAUUCCUCACAUGGGUGCAGAGAUGGUGGAAGACUGGUGCCAGAUUCGACAGUGUCGAUUGGGCCAGGAGGUGUUCCUGGAUGACACACGGCAGCCUGACUUUCAAAGAAGCCUACCAAAGAACCGGCCGUAUACUAAACGUCUCCUGUGUACCAUCUGACCCGCACUCGCCCACCAUUCUCGCCAAUUACAUCACGGCCCCCGACUGUGUUAUUUGGUCGGCAGUUUUGGCGUCAGCUGCUGUUCCUGGUAUCCUGAACCCGGUGGUACUCAUGAAAAAGAACAGAGACGGAACCUUGUCGCCUUACUCUUUUGGUCACAAAUGGAAAGAUGGGAGUCUAAGGACGGACAUACCACUCAAGGCACUGAACCUUCAGUUCAACGUGCGCUUCUCGAUUGUUAGUCAGGUCAACCCACACAUCAAUAUCUUUUUCUUCUCGUCUCGUGGGUCGGUUGGUCAUCCUGUCACCCACCGACGCGGACGCGGUUGGAGAGGGGGCUUCCUCGGUUCAGCCACAGAGCAGUAUCUCAAACUUGAUCUCAACAAAUGGCUCAAAGUCCUUCGUCAUCUCGAACUGUUGCCGAGACCACUAGGUCAGGACUGGAGUGAGCUCUGGCUGCAGCGCUUUAGCGGAACCAUUACCAUUUGGCCCAAGUCCAUCCCCUCAGACUUUAUCCACAUCCUAUCUGACCCCACACCACAAAGACUGGCACGUAUGAUUCAUGUGGGUCAGCAAUCUGCAUUCCCAAAGUUGAAGUUUAUCGCGAACCGGGCCAAGCUGGAACGUGCUAUUCAGGAAGGCAGGCGAAAGUACAGGCCUCGCGGCGCACGCGACGAGGAUAUCAUCAACGCUAUCAGCGAAGAGGAUCUUCGUAGCUUGCUCAAACGAACAAAGAGCGAUGGGCCUGGCGGAGAUGCGCCGUACCCUGUAUCUGGUUCAGAGUCUUCUUCGUCUGUCGGACCUUCACGACCUGGUUCACCUAUUGAUCUUCCUUUAGGUUUCACUUUCUCACGCAAGAAGAAGAACGCUCUUGCUAAUCUAGACACGAACGUGGAAAAGGAGACUGAUGUCCCUGAUAGCCCGUCGUUAUCCAAGCGGUUGACCGGCUGGUUGUCAGCCCUCUCACCGCAAGCCUCCCCACGCCCUGAUGCCGGACAACCUAUAGCAGCCCAGGGCCGACUGCGUACCUCACCGUAUAGUCAUGAUCGUCCUAAUUCAAUGUUUGAGUUUCGACAUCCGGCUGGAUUGGGUGAUCUUCCCACUGGAAGGAAACAAAGUCAAGUGUUUGUUGACUCGGACGAAGACGAGCCAUCACAGAGCACUUCUCGGCGCCAGCAGCAGCACUAUGGGGGAGAUUUUGGCGAUCCGGAUGCUGGGGCAGAAGAUGCAGAAGAUCAUGGCGAGGCCGACUUUGGCGACGACGAAGAAGAUCGCAAAGAAACGCAGAACCUUGGCAUAGGUCUUGGGCUUGAGUAACAGCCAAUUAGACCAAUUCACUUUAGUAUAACUGGAUUAGACUGUAUAAAUUGUAAUUGUUAUAUUUUUUAAAUUC